CAUCUCUCUUUCCAUGAAGGCAAACCAUGAAGAAUCUCAAUUUCGACGCAGACAAAGUUCUCGCGAAGGAGUUCCUCACAAACUUCACAGACGUCAACGGCGAGUUGAAACACAUGAACAUCCUUUACAAGGACAAGGAUGAAGAGUUUUUCAAGCAGAUUACUGAAAAUACUCACAGAUAUACAGGAAUUUUCGCUUCAGCAGUUGAUGAGUUGUUGCCAGCACCCGCUGAGGACAUUUCGGAUGAUAUUCCCAUACUGAUGACGCAAAGGGCAGACAAUGGAAAUGGAAUUGGAAAUGCGGAUGCUACUAAUCCACUUAAGAAGAUGCCUCCAGAGAUUAAGCUUACUAGAAUUAGCAACGUGAAUGUUAAGUAUCAAUUACCAAAUGAAGAUCUUGAUGCGUUGAUCUCUGUAACUACCGACGAGGAUCUAGAAAACAUGAUGGAUGAAUACGAUCGGUUGGCGCAGAAUCAGAAUCGAGGUCAGCCCAGCUCCAGUUGUUUCUGUUCUCUAAAGGGGACGAUUCACGAAACAGUAGCAUCAGCUUGCGAACCCAGGCUCUUGGGUUCGCCUGGAGGUAAAAGAAAAAAAAAGAAAAAAAAAGGCUGGAGGAAGGAGAAGCCGGGGAAGAAGACGAGGGUAUAUCAGUAAUUAAAAGUAAAAAAUUUACCAUGUC